AUGAUGCAAGAAAUAUUUUAAAAUUAGCAACUUCCUACAUUCGAAACUUAUUAGCAAAAUAUUGAAUAGGAUUAAGAAGAUGUCAAAUAAGUAAUAUCCAAAAAGAGAGAGUAAUUCUAGGUUUAAAUCAGAAAAGGAAAGAGAGAUGAAAUACUCAAUAGAAAAAGAGUUGAAAAAAUGAAUAUUCUAAAAUAAAGUUUAGAAGAUAAGCUAAAAGGUUUUCACUUAAUCUACGAGGAGCAAUCAGUUAUUCCAUUGAUUAAAAAUAUUUAGGGUCAAGACAUCGAUUUAGAUGUGCCAGUUAGAAUGCAGCAAAUGCUAAGUUAAAUAAAUUAUUUAAAUGUGGAAUCUUCCUAAUAAAAGUAGUUAGAAUAAUCUAUUUUAACUCCAAACACUCCCGAAGAUCUUCUAGUUUCUUUCAAAAAGUAUCGCUAUUUGAUUUUAGAGGAAAAAGUUUUGUGUGCUGACAUUGAUCUAAAUCUUUCAGAAAAGUUAGUCUAAAUGUUAACCUAGUUGCAAUAAUACCCAGCAAUAAUAUAUGAAGUUGUUUAAUUACUUUCAAUAAUAAGCUCUGGGACCAGAAAGCAAGUUGAUAGCAUAAUUAAUAUAGGCGGUGUAAAUGUUAUAGAUAAUAUUUUUAAUUCAUACGAUUACUCCGUGCUUAUUCAAGAACAACUAGUGGAAGUUAUAGGAAAUUUAAUAGCAGACUAGCAGAUUAAUCGCGAUUUGAUAAUGAAAUCAGGUAUUAUAGAUAAAAUACUUGCAGCUAAUCAUAAAGAUAUUCUUUAUAUUAGAACUGCGAUAUGGGCUAUAUGCAAUAUUUGCUGUAUGAAAGAAUUUUGCAAAUUUUGCGAUAUGUAAUGUUUUUUGCCUACCUUUUUAAACAUUAUUAAACUCUAUCCAACUGACAAGCAACUUGUAAGUGAUAGUCUAUUGUCUCUAUCUAUAUUAGCAAAACAAGCAACGAGAUUAGAUGAACUAGAGUUGUUUUGCAGUGAAGAACUAGCUGAAUGUCUGAAAAUAAAUUUAUAAGCUCCAAUUAAUUCCAUAAGAGAAAGGGCAUUGAAGAUAUUAACAAAUCUCACAGAAAAGAAACAUAUCUCAGGUGUUUCCUCUUGCAUAUAUAGCAAUAAAUUUGAUUAAAAUAUAAUCUAAGAGCUGCUACUUAAGCAUUAUAAAAAAGAAAAUAAAAAAGCAAAAUAGGUCGUUGAAAAUUCAGAUUCAAAUGGAAUGCAAGUAAUUAAUGAAGGUUUACAAAUAUGUAGUAACUUCUCUACUAGAAAAUAUGCAAUUAUAGCUAUUUAAAAUCUAAUUGAAAAAGACGACAGAUAUCUCAGCUAUCUUCUCGAAAGUUAAAACUUGAUUUAAGUUCUCGUCAAUACUCUUUUAAAAGAAUAAAAACAAGAUAACAUCGUUUCAGUACUUUAUAUUCUGGAGUCAAUUUUCUAUGAUAAAAAAUAUGGCAUUGUUGACAGUUUAUUAGAUUCUUAAUUUUUUGAGGCCCUUUAUUACUUACUUGACUAUUAAGAAAAAGACAUUCUUUAAAUUUGUCUCUAAUUGGUUUAUGAUAUUCUAUGCUUUUUAUAAAAUUUACAAAACAAUAAUAUCAUGUAAGAAGAUUUUAUUAACACGAGAAAUAAUCUAGAAAGUGCAAUUGAUAAAAUAAAUGACUAUGGAGUUAUUAAAAAAAUUAUUGAAUUAUAAGGUAACAGGUCAAAAGAUGUCAGUGAAAUAUCCAUGGAUAUAUUGGAUAAAUUUUUCCCUGACAUUUAGUGA